AUGAUAGUAGCAGUGGUAGAAUGGCGCCCACCGAUCGUUCUCACGGAACUCACUCGUUCCGUUGUGCCUUAUGGGCUCUCUCUCGAGCCCAACCAGCAGCCGCGCAGUGGCGCACGAUAUAGGCGGUAUGCUAUUACUGAGAAAGACAAGGGAGAUCAAAGAGUGAUAAUAACAAUCAUCGUCCUCAUUGACAUCCCCUUCUUCUUCUUCUUCUUCUUCUUCUUCUUCUUCUUCUUCUUCUUCUUCUUCUUCCUCUUCUUCUUCUUCUUCUCCUCCUCCUCCUCCCCCUCCCCCUCCCCCUCCUCACCAUCAUCAGAGUAUAGUUAG